AUGCAAUACAACAUUUGGACCCAGCAACAUGAAGCUGGGCGCUUCUUCCUCCUGGCCAGUCUCCUCACCCUCAACACAAGGCUCCACGCAAUUGGUAUCUGUGUGGAGGAGUGCGGAGAAGACGGGGACUGUGCGGCAGGAGAGAAGUACAUCAGCAAUGGCUGUAGCCACGUGUGCUCACCAGCUCCGCGAGCAAGCGUCUGUGAGUCCCAGUGCUUCAGAGAUCAGGACUGUGGAGCUGGAAGACGGUGCGUCAGCCAAGGCUGUAACCGGGUCUGCUCCCCCGCACCACAAGCAUCAAUAGGUAUCUGUGUGGAGGAGUGCAGAGAAGACGGGGACUGUGCGGCAGGAGAGAAGUACAUCAGCAAUGGCUGUGGCCACAUGUGCUCACCAGCCCCGCGAGCAAGCGUCUGUGAGUCCCAGUGCUUCAGAGAUCAGGACUGUGGAGCUGGAAGACGGUGCGUCAGCCAAGGCUGUAACCGGGUCUGCUCCCCCGCACCACAAGCACCAAUAGGAAUCUGUGUGCAAUGCUGCUGAGGAAACUGGGACUGAGGGGCUGGAGAACGAUGUAUCAGGAAGGGAUGCAGUCGGGUCUGCUCUCCAGUCCACACAGGAGGGGUAGGUAUCUACUUGGACCAAUGCCAAGGACACCGGGACUGCCCGGCAGGAAGCCAAUGUGUCAGCAAUGGAUGUGGCCUUGUCUACUCACCCACCCAGGACCAGCGAGCAGAACAGAGACCUGGAACGUGUCCAAGGGUGCCAGAAGGAAUGGUUGGAACUUGUGCUGAAAGCUGCACAGGAGAUGGAUCCUGUCCCCCGGGCCAAAAAUGCUGCAGCAUUGGCUGUGGAAAAUCUUGCCAAGUCCCUGAUCUGGGCUUCACUAUCCAUUUGGAUGAUAAAUGAACCUUGGCCUCCUUCAGUAAUUGUUUCCAAAUGUCAUCUUUACUCUGAGAUCUGUGCUUUCUUACUGUCUUUUCCGGAACCCCAGGAUCACAGGAUGUGGGUCCAAAAUAGCUAAGUUUAAGGGUUGAAUUCUGGCAAUUGUUUGAUGAUUCAUGGCGUGACUACUUCAAAAAUCGUGUUUUUUUCUGAAUAAAAUGAUUUCUGUGGCAUUA